UCCAAGAAGUACACAUUCAUCUGUAGGAGGGGAAAAAGAAGGUGAGACAUGGUUUGAGUCUUCACAUAAAAGUGAUGACAAUAUUCUGAGAGAUACCGCUCAUCUAACUCUGUUGACUGGGGAGGAAGCACCACAGAGUCAAUCAUGUUUCUUGUUUCAUCUCUUUCCUAGUGAUCCGUCACCAUGAGUACGGACGCUGAGAUGCAAAUCUACGGCAAGGCUGCCAUAUACCUCCGUAAGCCUGAGAGGGAGAGGAUUGAGGCACAAACCGCACCCUUUGAUUCAAAGAACUCCUGCUAUGUGACAGACAAGGCGGAGCUGUACCUUAAGGGUCUGGUCACUGCCAGGGCCGAUGGGAAGUGUACUGUGACAGUCACCAAACCUGAUGGCACUAAGGAGGUAAGCCUGAGCUGAAAAGUAUUCAAGUUUGUUCAAUUACACUAUUCCUUGAAAAAUCACACUAUUCCUUGAAAAAUCACACUAUUCCUUGAAAAAUCUUCUAAAUAUUAUCAAAGAAAAUGUCAACAGGCAAUAUGAAAUCAGAAACAAAACAUACCCCCCCCCAAAAAAAACAAAAAACAAAACAACAACAGCUAAUUCAGAAUGUAUUUUUGAAUUUUUCAAAAUGUUGUUGUGAAUUUAAGAUGUUGUAUCGCUGACCUACACACACACAGAAUACCCCAUAAUGUCAAAGUGGAAUUAUGUUUUUUGAAAUAUUUACGGAUGAAUUAAAAAUGAAAAGAUGAAAUGUCUUGAGUCAAUAAGUAUUCAACCCCUUUGUUACGGCAAGCCUAAAUAAGUUCAGGAGUAUAUAUUUGCAUAACAAGUCACAUAAUAAGUUGCAUGGACUCACUCUGUGUGCAAUAAUAGUGUUUAACAUGAUUUUUGAAUGACUACUUCAUCUCUGUACCCCACACAUACAAUUAUCUGUAAGGUCCCUCAGUCGAGCAGUGCAUUUUAAACAUAGAUUAAACCACAAAGGCCAGGGAGGUUUUCCAAUGCCUUGCAAAGAAAGGCACCUAUUGGUAGAUGGGUAAAAAAACAAACACACAUUUUAAUUACACUUUGGAUGGUGUAUCAAUACACCCAGUCACUAUGAAGAUACAGGCGUCCUUCUUAACUCUGUUGCCGGAGAGGAAGGAAACCGCUCAGGGAUUUCACCAUGAAGCCACUGGUGACUUUAAAACAGUUACAGAGUUUAAUGGCUGUGAUAGGAGAAAACUGAGGAUGGAUCAACAACAUUGUAGUUACUCCACAAUACUAACCUAAAUGACAGAGUGAAAAGAAGUAAGCUCGUAAAGAAUGAAAAAUAUUCCAAAACAUGCAUCCUGUUUGCAAUAAGGCAUUAAAGUAAAACUGAAAAGAAUGUGGCAAAGAAAUUAACUUUAUGUCCUGAAGACAAAGCGUUAUGUUUGGAGCAAAUCCAACACAACACAUCACUGAAUACCACUCUUCAUAUUUUCAAGCCUGGUGGUGGCUGCAUCAUGCAUGUUAUGGGUAUUCUUGUCAUCGUCAAGGACUAGGGAAUUUUUUUACGAUAAAAAGAAACAGAGUAGAGCUAAGCUCAGGCAAAAUCCUAGAUGAAUCCUUAUUCAGCUUUCCAAAAGACACUGGGAGACAAAUUCACAUUUCAGCAGGACAAUAACCUAAAACACAAAGCCAAAUAUACACUGGAGUUGUUUACCAAGACGACAUUGAAUGUUCCUGAGUGGCCUAGUUACAGUUGACUAAAAUUGGUUUGAAAAUAUAUGGCAAGACUUGAAAAUGCCUGUCUAGCAAUGAUGAACAACCAGCUUGACAGAGCUUAAAGAAUUAAAAAAAGAAUCAUGUGCAAUUAUUGUACAAACCAGGUAUGCAAAGCUCUUAGAGACUUACCCAGAAAGACUCACAGCUGUAAUCGCUGCCAAAGAUGAUUCUAACAUGUAUUGACUCAGGGGUGUGAAUACUUAUGUAAAUGAGAUAUUUCAUUUUCAAUAAAUGUAAAAAAAUGUAUAAAAAAUAAUAUAUUUAAUACAUUUUGAAUCCAGGCUGUAAUACAACAAAAUCUGGAAUAAAUUAAGGGGUAUGAAUACUUUCUGAAGUCACUGUAUAUAAAGAAGCAUUUAAUUGGUGUUUGAAGGCAGUAUAUAACAUUUUAUAACACAUUUUUUAUGUUGACUAGUCAAGAAUCACCAUGUAUGUGUCAGUGGGUGAUAACAAAGUAGUUAGAUUAAAUGUGGGUAUGCAUUUUCUUUUUUUUUACGAUUCAACUUGUAUUUAAUGAGCAAAAAAGCAUUCAGUCACGUCCAGUUUGAUCUGCGUGUAAUCUUGAUAUCUGACUGUUUCAGGAAGGAAAAGAGUUCAAAGAUUCAGACAUCUUCGAGAUGAACCCCCCUAAGUAUGACAAGAUUGAGGACAUGGCCAUGAUGACCUACCUGAAUGAAGCCUCUGUGUUGUAUAACCUCAAAGAGCGUUAUGCAGCAUGGAUGAUCUAUGUAAGAAACCUGCACAUAUAAACACACACAUACAUGAACAUAAUAAAUUCACACAUACAGUACUACACAUACAGUGGGGUCCAACAAUAUUGACACCCUUGAUAAACAAGAGCAAAAAAUACUGUAUUCUAAAAUGUUUUAUGAGUUGGAGAACACAUUGGGAGGGAUCUUAGACCAUUCCUCCAUACAGAAUCCUUCCAGGCCCUUGAUAUCCUUCAUCUACACUUAUGGACCGCCCUCUUCAAUUCAAACCACAUGUUUUCAAUGGGUUUCAAGUCCCGAGACUGACAUGGCCUUUGCAAAAUGUUGAUUUUGUGGCCAAUUAACCAUUUCAUUGUGGAUUUUCAUGUGAACGUGGGUUUAUUUUCCUGCUGGAAGAUUAACUUGCGACCAGGUUUCAGCCUCCUAGCAGAGGAGCAAAAUAGCUCCAUAACAUCAAAGAUCCACCAUGAUAUUUUACAGUAGGGAUGAGGUUAUUUUGUGCUCAUGCAUUCUAAUUUCAGCGCCAAACCCAUCACUGGUUGGCUUACCCAAAGAGCUUUAUUUUCAUGUCAUCCAACAACUGUAAAUGCCUGGAGUUUGCUAAACGGCAUUGGAACUUGGAUUUGAACCAGUGCUUUGGUCGGAUGACAUGAAAAUAGACUUCAAUAAUGUUGACCCCUAUCUUUUUGAGAGAAAUAUAUAUUACUUGUUAAAAACAAAAUACUUUUUUUCAAUAAUUCUAUUAAUAUAAAAUAAUAUAAUUGUGCAGCCUACAAUAUAGCUCAGUAAAGUGACACCACUGUAAAUGAACGGUAGAAACCAAAACAUAUCAAUACAGUAGACUCACAUCAGUAUACCAAAGUACACCCACAUCCUCACAUAAAUCCAGGUAAAAGUCCAUCUGACUUUGCAAAUCCCCUAAUUUAAUUUAAUCACUUUCAUUCAGACCUACUCUGGGCUCUUCUGUGCCACGGUGAACCCCUACAAGUGGCUCCCCGUGUAUGACAUGGAGGUUGUCAACGCCUACAGAGGGAAGAAGAGGAUGGAGGCUCCACCCCAUAUCUUCUCCGUCUCUGACAACGCCUUUCAGUUCAUGCUGAUUGGUACGAGCUCUGAUGGAUGGAUGGAUGGAUGGAUGGAUGGAUGGAUGGAUGGAUGGUUGGAUGGAUGGAUGGAUGGAUGUCCAUAAGUGCAUAUUGAUCUCAAAGUCCAUAAAUGUUUAUAAAUAGAUAAUAAUAAUAAUAUGCCAUUUAGCAGACGCUUUUAUCCAAAGCGACUUACAGUCAUGCGUGCAUACAUUUUUUUUGUUUUUGUAUGGGUGGUCCCGGGGAUCGAACCCAAUACCUUGGCGUUACAAGCGCCGUGCUCUACCAGCUGAGCUACAGAGAUAAAUAAAUAGUAUUAAAUAUGUUUUAGAGACGUAUCUACUGUUUUCUAGUCUAGGUUGGAACAGUUUGCUGGGGAUAUCUGAAUUCACUAGCCUUGAAUGUAAUAUGUUCCAAAUUGAAAUUCGUGAUGAUGCUAUGAAUGCAGUAAUGUCCCCAUAAUGUUGCUUGAGUAUGAUAAGCAAUAUGUUUUUGGGUUACAGAUAAGGAGAACCAGUCCGUCCUGAUUACGUAAGUUGUUUACUAAAAUGUCACUUCAGAAAGUGUUUGUAUUGUAAUAUGUUGGGUCUCUUGGUGUGAUGAAAUACAUGACAUUAUGAAUGGAUUAGAGCAUUAGGCUAUGUGUAAUAAUGAGUUGAUAAAUGGGAAUAUUAGAAAACAGGUCAACAGUGUAUUUUUCUAUGCUAUUUCUUAGUGAAAGCCAAUCUGACACUCAACAUGUACCUAAACUCCCUCUUUCUCUGUCAUAUAAACCAGUGGAGAAUCCGGUGCAGGAAAGACUGUCAACACCAAGCGUGUCAUCCAGUACUUCGCCACCAUUGCAGUGUCUGGUGGCGAGAAGAAGAAGGAAGCAGACCCCGGCAAAAUGCAGGUAGGCUGUGCUCAUGUUUGCCUUUUUAACACAUUUCAAGCAAUCAAGAAAAAAUUACUUUACCAGUUUCUGAGCAACUUGUGUUUGUUUCAAUCAGGGGUCUCUUGAGGAUCAGAUCAUUGCAGCUAACCCUCUGCUGGAGGCUUACGGUAAUGCCAAGACAGUGAGGAACGACAAUUCGUCUCGCUUUGUAAGUAUGAAGGACAUACUGUGGAAGUUAAUUUAAUAUUGGAAAAAUGUAUUACUGUAGUUCCCUAUAGUUGCACUUUAACAUUUCAGACUUCAUUUGCGGUAAUAAAAUGUUUUAUCACCAAUUUGUUUUCAUUAUUUGCAAGCCACAUAAUAAUUCACAUUUCCUGUUGCUGCAGGAUUUAUUUUCCUGCUGUAGCAAACUGGAUCCUACAUCUGUAUCAAUAGAUCCAACAUCUGUCCAAAAAACUGUAACAUUUAAAAGAGGUCUAUCAAAGUAAAAAGUUUAGAUUUAUUUGUUGACCCAUUUCUAACCCCCGUGCUCUACUAUAGGGUAAAUUCAUCAGGAUUCACUUCCAAGGUGGUAAACUGGCUAAAGCUGACAUUGAGACCUGUGAGUUGGUUUUGAUUGUUUCUCAAUGCUUUCCUAAAUUCACACAGAUUAUUUUUUGGAGAUCAUCAAAUUUAAAUGUAUCUCAUGUUCUCUCUCUCACUCUCUCAUCUCUCUUUCUCUUUCUCCCUCAGACCUGCUGGAGAAGUCCAGAGUGACCUUCCAGCUGCCCGAUGAGAGAGGCUACCACAUCUUCUUCCAGAUGAUGACCAACCACAAACCUGAGAUAGUUGGUACGGCAAAGUAAAGGUUCAGAGGAAAUUAUUCCCACCCCCAUCUGUGGAACUUGUAAAAAAAUAAAUAACAUUUCUUUUUUUUGGGGGGGGGGGGGGGGGGGGGGGUAGAUCAGCUUUAAUAUUGCAGAUAGAUUGUGGCUUCCAUCAAUGUAAUUGUCUGCAUCAUUUCCAAUCCCCCAUAUGUUUUGUACAAUAUAUUUUCCUUUAUUAUUUUCCCCUAAACCAUCCCUCCCCUAAUUGGAGUAAACUAAUGGACAACAACACUUAUGCUUCUAUUUACAGUUUAUACAUACUAUUUACUGACACAAUGUAUUUUACAAUAGUUGUCUUUUGUUUGUUUUUAGUCCCAUCCUUCAGCUACCCUCAACCCCUCCACACCAUAGUCCACACUAUUAAAACUAACACAAUGAGUACAUCCAAGGUAACAAGGCAUCUAGACAUGGGUCAGGUCUUUGGGAAAUAUCUAUCAAGUAAUGCACUGUGAUCACACUAGUCCACAAGUCUCAGUCCCCUCUUUUGAUGCUAUUUAUUAUAUACUACAUGUAUCCUUGAGUCCAUCUAUUGAGUAAAGGAGGGAGAGAUACUGUAAAAGGUAGGAGAGCACAAUUCUAAGAGAUUUAACUGACAAGCCGUUCUCCGUUGUCCACAGAAAUGGCGCUCAUCACCACCAACCCCUACGACUUCCCCAUGUGCAGCCAGGGUCAGAUCACUGUGGCCAGCAUCAAUGACAAUGACGAGCUGGAUGCCACAGACGUGAGUCAAACAAAGGGUUAACCAAACACUAGAUAGGGAAUGGGUAAUGACCACCAUACACACUGAAUGCACUGUGACAUUCCAGCAUGGUGGCAGCUGGGAAUGUUCAUGUGUUAAUUUUUUUAUAUACCAAACUACCGUUCAGUUCAUCACUGUUGUACUUCCUCUUUAAUGCCAGGAUGCCAUUACAAUCCUGGGCUUCAGUAAUGAAGAGAAGCAGGCCAUCUACAAGCUGACAGGAGCUGUACUGCACCAUGGCAACUUGAAAUUCAAGCAGAAGCAGCGUGAGGAGCAGGCCGAGCCAGACGGCACAGAGGGUGAGUCCCACUCAUAGAUAUACAAUAUGUAAAGCAUUAGUCCCAUUCCCAGUCCCACUCAUAGAUAUACAAUAUGUAAAGCAUUAGUCCCAUUGCCAGUCCCACUCACAGAUAAACAAUAUGUAAAGCAUUAGUCCAAUUCCCAGUCCCAAACAUAGAAAUACACUGAGUGUACAAAACAUUAGGAACACCUUCCUAAUAUUGAGUUUCACCCCCUUUUGCCCUCAGAACGGCCUCAAUUCUUUGGGGCAUGGACUCUAAAAACUGUUGAAAAUGUUCCACAGGGAUGCUGGCCCAUGUUGACUCUAAUGCUUCCCACAAUUGUGUCAAGUUGACUGGAUGUCCUUUGGGUGGUGGAUCAUUCUUUAAACACACAGGAGAUUGUUGAGCGUGAAAAACCCAGCAGCUUUGCAGUUCUUGACACACUCAAAUCGGUGCACCUGGCACCUACUACCAUACCCUGUUCAAAGGCACUUAAAUAUUUUGUCUUGCCCAUUCACCCUCUGAAUGGCACACAUACACAAUCCAUGACUCAAUUGUCUCAAGCCUUAAAAAUCCUUCAUCUACACUGAUUGAAGUGGAUUUAACAAGUGGAUUUAACAUCAGCAAGGGAUCAUAGCUUUCACCUGGUCAGUCUAUGUCAUAGAAUGAACAGGUGUUCCUAAUGUUUUGUUCGUCCAGUGUAGAACCCGUAAGUUUCAUAUAAAAGUCAGGCAGGAGUUUUUGUGAAGACAAAAUUCCAACCUCCAGAAAUGAUUUGAAAUUAUGGAUAUGGGAGAAAAUCUAAACCUAACCCACAAAGAAGUAAGCCAAACUAUUUUGUCAGUGUGACAUCAGAAACAAGCCAUCUUGUGUGCCUGAGUCUGUUGUUGUUGGUUCUCUCUCCAGUGGCUGAUAAAAUCGGCUACCUGCUGGGCCUGAACUCAGCUGAGAUGUUGAAGGCUCUGUGCUACCCCAGAGUGAAGGUCGGCAAUGAGUAUGUGACCAAGGGACAGACUGUGCCUCAGGUUAGGCGGCCAAACACAGCAUCUACCAUUUUCUGAGCACUGGAAUUAUUUUGGGGACAAGUGCAUACUUUAGUUUUUCCCAAGCUCGUAUCACCUUAUCAGUAGACAUGGUCAAUAUCUCAUGUAUUAAUUUGAGGUAUUAUCAUUGCAGGUUAAUAACUCAGUCAGCGCUCUGGCCAAGUCUAUCUAUGAGAGGAUGUUCUUGUGGAUGGUCAUUCGUAUCAACGAAAUGUUGGACACCAAGCAGCCAAGGCAGUUCUAUAUCGGUGUGCUCGAUAUUGCCGGUUUUGAAAUCUUUGAUGUGAGUAUGAGACCAGAACAAGAUAAUUAGUUGUGAUUGAGAUGGAUUACAGCCUUGUAUGAUGAAAUUAUCCCUUUUAAAACUCAAUCAACAGUACAACAGCAUGGAACAGCUGUGCAUCAACUUCACCAAUGAGAAACUGCAACAGUUUUUCAACCACACCAUGUUCGUCCUGGAGCAAGAGGAGUACAAGAAGGAGGGAAUCGUCUGGGCCUUCAUUGACUUCGGCAUGGACUUGGCUGCCUGCAUUGAGCUUAUUGAGAAGGUAAACUGUCUGUGAGGAUUAUAUUGGACCGCAACAGCAGGCUCAUAUGGAGCGCUGUGUGAAAUAUUAUCACAGUUUUACAACGCAUCUGACUGUUGAGAACUCAAUAUGUUUCCUAUUAUGUGUCCCUAAAUGUACAUAAUACUAUAAUAGCAUUUUUACUGAAGGAAUGUGAUCCUAAAUGUAAAUAUCACUAAUUUGAUAUGCAUCUCUUUUCGUAAAGCCAUUGGGCAUAUUCUCCAUCCUUGAAGAGGAGUGCAUGUUCCCCAAGUCUUCAGACACUACCUUCAAGGACAAGCUGUACUCCCAGCAUCUUGGGAAAACAAAGGCGUUUGAGAAACCAAAGCCUGCCAAAGGCAAGGCAGAGGCCCACUUCUCCCUGGUGCACUACGCUGGUACUGUGGACUACAACAUCACUGGCUGGCUGGAGAAGAACAAGGACCCCCUGAACGACUCAGUUUGUCAGUUGUACGGGAAGUCCUCAGUCAAACUUUUGGCUGCCCUGUAUCCCGCUGCCCCACCUGAGGGUAAGACUAGCAUCACGUCAAAAUAUUUAAUUAAGCACCAGUUAUAAAUCAGACCAAAUGUUCUUUAAAGUCUUUGAAUGUAUCCCAAUUUCUCAUGGCGUUUUCACCGGGUUAAUUUAUUCAUACACUUGGUUAAUUCAAUCAUACAAUAGGUGUUAUUUUACACAAAUCUCAUUGGUAGCAUUUGCCUCUAGAUAAGUGUGAAGUUAACCAGAUAUUCUCUGGUUUAUAAUUAAUGUGCUUGCUGAAGACAAGACCACUCUAGAUUUCUUACAUACUCUUAUUAUUAUUGUAUUUAUUCCACCCGCUCUAAGAAAUGUACUUUUCUAGUUAUCUUCAACUUUUCCCCAUUUUAACAGAUACAAGCAAGAAAGGAGGCAAGAAGAAGGGUGGUUCCAUGCAGACUGUGUCCUCCCAGUUCAGGGUGAGCUUUUGAAAGUUUUAUUCAGUCCUUCAAAAGGUGCAUUGAUUAUCAUAAAUGAUGUCUGAGAAAAUGGUUUGUAACCCUCUUACAGGAGAACUUACAUAAGCUGAUGACCAACUUGAGGAGCACUCAUCCUCACUUUGUGCGCUGCCUGAUCCCCAACGAGUCAAAGACUCCAGGUACAAUAAAUAUUGAGUUAAAUAUGUCAUCUUAUCAGUACAGUAUCAGUGACUUUAACAAUCCCAAUCUUUAACCUGUUUAUGUGUAUUAAAAGAGACUUGGUUUGUUUUCCAGGUCUGAUGGAGAACUUCCUGGUUAUCCACCAGCUCAGGUGUAAUGGUGUACUGGAGGGUAUCAGGAUCUGCAGAAAGGGCUUCCCCAGCAGAAUCAUCUAUGCUGACUUCAAGCAGAGGUACACAAACAUAAAUGGACGCAAGAAUACAGAUCUGCUUCAAGGGUUUUCCCAGCAUCAGAAUAGGCUGACCUUUUACGUAAUAUAACCAACCUAUUACAGCUUGACAUAUUUUAAAACUGUCUCUUCAUUCAGGUACAAAGUACUGAAUGCCAGUGUCAUCCCCGAGGGCCAGUUCAUGGACAACAAGAAGGCUUCUGAGAAGCUGCUUGGUUCCAUUGAUGUGAAUCACGAAGAUUACAAGUUUGGACACACCAAGGUCAGUCAAAUACCCCCAGCAAAAGCUGACAACAAAACACAACUUGAAUGAUAAUUUAAACCCUUACCAUAUAAAAUCUCUCCAGUUGAUCUAUCCAUCCUUUUGUUCUUUCUUCUUCAUUUAACUAAAGGAAAAGGUGGAAAAACAUUGUAGUGUUUUUUUACUUCAACGUCAUUCAAGUAUAGAAGAGAAACUAAACUCAUUAUCAUGUGCAUUGUGUUCAAUAAUAAUAAUAAUAAUAUGCCAUUUAGCAGACGCUUUUAUCCAAAGCGACUUACAGUCAUGCGUGCAUACAUUUUUUUUGUGUAUCUAGUGGUGUUUUUCCCCUCUUUUGAUUCAACCCUUUCUAUCUGUCACCAUCUGUGGUUCCAUUGACCAUGUUAACCUGUGUCUCAGGUGUUCUUCAAAGCCGGUCUUCUGGGUGUCCUGGAGGAGAUGAGAGAUGAGAAGCUGGCCACUCUGGUCGGCAUGGUCCAGGCUCUCAGCCGUGGAUUCCUCAUGAGGAGAGAGUUUAGCAAGAUGAUGGAGAGGAGGUGAGGAAUAGUGGACAUCUUGGCAAAGCUUUCUAUGAACCAAUGCAUUUUGAUUACAUACUGUAUAUGCUGUGAGUUUUUCAGGAUGAGAAAGUAGGGCUUAUAAUGGUUUACUAAAGCUUUUGGGUUAAUUCAUUUAUAAGUCCAACAAUGGAUGUAGUAACUAAGGAUUCUAGCUUUAUAGCUGCAGUUUGGCAUUUGGCUGUUCAAUUGUCAUUUACAUUUGUGGAAUUUAUCCAUUCAUUCUUUAGAACAUAAAAUGCCUCAUGUGCUUAGCAUGACCUGUCAGUCCUUGCAUCUAGACCGCUGUCUGUGAAUUUAAGAGGGGUUACACUUCCCUAGCCCCAUUCCUCAGCUGUAAACAAACAGUGGCGGGGGUGUUCCGUUUUGUUGUUCUUUGAAUCCCAGAAUGUAGCUUUAAGCAUGUCACUCACCAUGCCACUCUAUUCUUUCUGUCGACCAGAGAAUCUGUGUACACCAUCCAGUACAACAUUCGCUCAUUCAUGAAUGUGAAACACUGGCCAUGGAUGAAGGUCUAUUACAAGAUCAAGCCCCUGCUGAAGAGUGCUGAGACUGAGAAGGAGCUGGCCAACAUGAAGGAGAACUAUGAGAAGAUGCAGACAGACCUGGCCAAGGCUCUGGCCAAGAAGAAGGAGUUGGAGGAGAAGUUGGUGGCCCUGGUGCAGGAGAAGAAUGACCUGGCACUUCAAGUUGCAUCUGUGAGUGAACAACAACCAAUUUUGCAAAAAUAUAAAGCAAUAUGGGCAUAUUUGCACACACUUGAAUACACACUUGAACAAACAUACUCCAGUAUACUCCAGCUCAAGCUAGUAGGAGCAGAAUGAACAGCUUUAACUGUAGUCAAUGUUUAUAGUCAAAUGUUUAUGUACGAGGCAGCACAGGUACAGUAAAUUAAAAUCGUCACAUUCAUGGUAGGGCAAUAAUCAUGUUCAACUUCAAACUCAAACAUGCAUGUUCAUUGAAUUUGACAUGUGCUCCCAUAUGGAAGGCAAGACAGGCAAACACUUCUGUGAAGUAUGUGGCUAACUCACAUUGAUAUUGCCAAUGUUAUAUAUAUAUAUAUACAGUGCCUUCGGAAAGUAUUCAGACCCCUUGACUUUUUCCACAUUUUGUUAUGUUACAGCCUUAUUCUGAAAUGGAUUAAAUAAAUAAAAAUCCUCAGCAAUCUACACACAAUACCCCAUAAUAACAAAGCGAAAAAAGGUUUUUAGAUAUGUUUGCAAAUGUAUAAAAAAAAAAAAACUGAAAUACCUUAUUUACAUAAGUAUUCAGACCCUUUGCGACGAGACUCGAAAUUGAUCUCAGGUGCAUCCUGUUUCCAUUGAUCAUCCUUGAAAUGUUGCUACAACUUGACUGGAGUACACCUGUGGUAAAUUCAAUUGAUUGGACAUGAUUUGGAAAGGCACACCUGUAUAUAAAGGUCCCACAGUUGACAGUGCAUGUCAGAGAAAAAACCAAGCCAUGAGGUUGAAGUAAUUGUCCGUAGAGCUCCGAGACAGGAUUGUGUCGAGGCACAGAUCUGGGGAUGGGUACCAAAAAAUGUCUGCAGCAUUGAUGGUCCCCAAGAACACAGUGACCUCCAUCAUUCUUAAAUGAAAGAAGUUUGGAACCACCCAGACUCUUCCUAGAGCUGGCCGCCCGGCCAAACUGAGCAAUCAAGGGAGAAGGGCCUUGGUCAGGGAGGUGACCCAGAACCCAAUGGUCACUCUGACAGAGCUCUAGAGUUCCUCUGUGGAGAUGGGAGAACCUUCCAGAAUGACAACCAUCUCUGCAGCAUUCCAACAAUCAGACAUUUAUGGUAGAGUGGCCAGACGGAAGCCACUCCUCAGUAAAAGGCACAUGACAGCUUGCUUGGAGUUUGCCAAAAGGCACCUAAAGACUCUCCAUGAGAAACAAGAUUCUUUGGUCUGAUGAAACCAAGAUUGAACUCUUUGGCCUGAAUGCCAAGCGUCACAUCUGGAGGAAACCUGGCACCAAGCCUACAGUGAAGCAUGGUGGUGGCAGAAUCAAGCUGUGGGGGUGUUUUUCAGCGACAGGGACUGUGAGACCCGUCAGGAUCGAGGGAAAGAUGAACGGAGCAAAUUACAGAGACAUCCUUGAUGUAAUCCUGCUCCAGAGCACUCAGGACCUCAGAUUGGGGCGAACGUUCACCUUCCAACAGCACAAUGACCGUAAGCACACAGGCAAGACAACGCAGGAGUGGCUUUGGGACAAGUCUCUGAAUGUCCUUGAGUGGCCCAGCCAGAGCCCUGACUUGAACCCAAUCGAACAUAUCUGGAGAGACCUGAAAAUAGCUGUGCAGCAACGCUCCCCAUCCAACCUGACAGAGCUUGAGAGGAUCUGCAGAGAAGAAUGGGAGAAACUCCCCAAAUACAGGUGUGCCAAGCUUGUAGCGUCAUUCCCAGACUUGAGGCUGAAAUUGCUGCCAAAGAUGUUUCAACAAAGUACUGAGUAAAUGGUCUGAAUACUUAUAUAAAUGUGAUAUUUCUGUCUGUAAUAAAGCCCUUUUGUCGGGAAAAACUGAUUUUGAUUGACUGGGCCUGGCUCCCCAGUGGGUAGGCCUGGCUCCUAAGUGGGUGGGCCUAUGCCCUCCCAGGCCCACCCAUGGCUGCACCCCUGCCCAGUCAUGUGAAAUCUAUAGAUUAGGGCCUAAUGAAUUUAUAUCAGUUGACUGAUUUCCUUAUAUGAACUGUAACUCAGCAGAAUCUUUGAAAUUGUUGCAUGUUGCAUUUAUAUUUUUGAUCAGUGUAUGUUUCAUGAAUUUAUAUUGAUUUGUUCUGACCUCUUUGACUAAAUGAAGUCUAUAUUUUGUUCUUAAAACAGGAUUCUGAGAAUCUGAACGAUGCUGAGGAAAGGUGCGAGGGGCUCAUCAAGAGCAAGAUCCAGCUGGAGGCCAAACUCAAAGAGACGACCGAGAGGCUGGAGGAUGAGGAGGAGAUCAAUGCCGAGUUGACUGCCAAGAAGAGGAAGCUGGAGGAUGAGUGCUCUGAGCUGAAGAAGGACAUCGAUGACCUGGAGCUCACCCUGGCCAAAGUGGAGAAGGAGAAGCACGCCACUGAAAACAAGGUCUAGUGUCUUACCAUAGACAGUCUAACCAAACAGUAAUCCAAACAAUAAUCAACUCAAAACAUAGCUUAACAGAAAUGGAAUUCAAGUUGUAUUGUGGGUGCAGGAAAAAUUAAGACACAAAAUUGAAUUGUACAAUUUCAGUUGCGGGCUACUCCCAACAUUCAUUGCCUGUUCUGCUCCCCCCUCAUUUAUGACUUCCACUCAGAACACUGGCAUGGUGCACACUGCCAUCUAGUGUUACAUCUAUAGUACAGUACUUGUUGACACAUUUCUAAUUUAAAUGAAUGCAAUAUAUAACAAACUAUAUCUCCCCUUUAUGGUGAAGUAUAAUUAUGUUGUGGCCAUUUUCAGGUUAAAAACCUGACAGAGGAGAUGGCAUCUAUGGAUGAGAGUGUUGCCAAGCUGACCAAGGAGAAGAAAGCCCUCCAAGAGGCCCACCAGCAGACACUGGACGACCUGCAGGCAGAGGAGGACAAAGUCAACACUCUGACCAAGGCCAAGACCAAGCUGGAACAGCAAGUGGACGACGUGAGUGGAGUUUGACAUUUUGGCCAUGAUAGAAUGUAAGAUGAUAUUAUCUUCAUUUGUUUAGAUUUGAUAAAUAUAUUUGUUUUUAUCUCAUAGCUUGAGGGUUCUCUUGAGCAAGAGAAGAAGCUACGUAUGGACCUAGAGAGAGCCAAGAGAAAGCUGGAGGGAGAUCUGAAACUGGCCCAGGAGUCCAUAAUGGACCUGGAGAAUGACAAGCAGCAAGCUGAUGAGAAAAUCAAGAAGUAAACACAAACAAAUGACUACAGUAUCAGCUGCUAUAAUGAUUGUUCUUGAUUAAUUAUGAAUUAGCAUUUGCAUGUGAUUAAAAGCAACGUGAAUGUUAUUAUACUCCCUUUACACUAUCAAACCUAAACCAACUCUGCAAUCAACGUGUUUCUGUUUCUUAGGAAGGAGUUUGAGACCACUCAGCUCCUCAGCAAGAUUGAGGAUGAGCAGUCUCUGGGAGCUCAGCUGCAGAAGAAGAUCAAGGAACUCCAGGUACAGUACAAGAUAUAAGCUCCAGUACAGAAAAGCACACAAUUGAAUCAUUUCCUGAAAAAAGCUGACAUUUGUUCUGGCAGCUUCUGAUGGCUCAGUAGGAGCUUCUUACCAUUGUAAAGAUGGUGCUUCCAUAGAGUUAGAUAGAGGACUCAGAUUUGUAUCUUUGCCAUGAUGGCGUCUGUGAUAGAAUAGGCAUCUAAAUAUACAUGUUUUGUGUAGUUAAUUUUCUUCUUGUGUUUGAAAAAAGUUUAAAACUAAUAUUGGUGAUUUACUGCCACCUGCAGUGCUGGAGUCCUGAACCAAAUAUUGUCCUUCAUUUAUUGCGGCCACUAGAUGGCAGUGAUAUAGCUUAAAGCCAUUUACUAACCAUUGGCAACCCUAUUUGAAGAAUUCAAUGCUCUGAUCAUUGGCUGAUGGCUCCUAACCCAUGGGAAAUCCCCACCCAGUUGACUACUUUAUAAAUGGUAGAAGCCCUCAAUGACAAUAUCAAUGCUAAAAUGGGCCAUUUCCGUCUAGAGUCAUCUGUCUAACACUAUGGGGGGCUUCUUGCCAUUGUGGUUUUGGCUCCUGCAUGGGACACUGUCUAUUGAAUAUAUUAGUGUAACUGGCUUUGUAUUUAACACAUUUAUGAAAAAUAUACAUAUUAUUAUUUUGUGAGGUUCAAUUGUUUCAACUCUAUUGUAGUGUUCAUCCCCCCUGCUCCUGCCCCCUGUUCUAGGCCCGUAUUGAGGAGCUGGAGGAGGAAAUUGAGGCUGAGCGUGCUGCCAGGGCUAAGGUUGAGAAGCAGAGGGCCGAUCUCUCCAGGGAACUUGAGGAGAUCAGCGAGAGGCUGGAGGAGGCCGGAGGCGCCACUGCUGCUCAGAUUGAGAUGAACAAGAAGCGCGAGGCUGAGUUCCAGAAGCUGCGCCGUGAUCUUGAAGAGUCCACCCUGCAGCACGAGGCCACAGCCGCCGCUCUGCGAAAGAAGCAGGCCGACAGUGUGGCUGAGCUCGGGGAGCAGAUCGACAACCUGCAGCGCGUCAAGCAGAAGCUGGAGAAGGAGAAGAGCGAGUACAAGAUGGAGAUUGAUGACCUCUCCAGCAACAUGGAGGCCGUCGCCAAGGCUAAGGUGAGUAGUGAUGUUUUGGUCAAGCACUGUUGAGGAGGGUCAACUACAUUACCAUUCAAGUGAACUGAGGUUGACAGGAGUCCCAUUUAUAAAGUAAUGAUGGUACAUGUUUCACUAACAGGGCAAUCUGGAGAAGAUGUGCCGUACUCUUGAGGACCAGCUGAGCGAGCUCAAGACUAAGAAUGAUGAGAAUGUUCGCCAGGUCAACGACAUCAGCGGACAGAGGGCCAGACUCCUGACAGAAAAUGGUACCAUCAACAAUGAACUACAACCCAAUGCUUUCCUUCAGUAAAACACAAUAACAUGUGUUGGGGGCUGUAUCCACAUAAUUUAUACUGUACUAUUCACCACCUAACUUUGCCCUAUGAUACCUCCAAAUACAUUUUCAAUCUUAGAGAACAGAGACCCUAUUAACUAGAUAUCCCUCUAUCCCUGAAGGUGAGUUUGGCCGCCAGCUGGAGGAGAAGGAAGCCCUGGUGUCUCAGCUGACCAGAGGAAAACAGGCCUUCACCCAGCAGUUGGAGGAGCUGAAGAGGGCGAUUGAGGAAGAGGUCAAGGUAAGGGACCCAAAAUGGACUCCACCGACCACAGAGAUUAGAGCCAUAUCUUCAUAUAGACAGUGGGUGUUUCUCAAUAUGCACACUACCGUACUCCACACUCUCAUGCUCCGAGUGCGUUCUCUGAGGACGUUCUCUUGAGUCCGUACUUGUGAGGAUGAGAGAGUGGAGAACGCAUAAAACAUUACAUUUGAGAAGCAUUCACACUCCACCUACUGUAUUACCUCACACAUGCUGCACCUCCCCAUUCACUAAACCUUCUUCCAGCCAGAACAAUGGCAAUAGAGACCUAAUAAGAUACACACAAAGCAAACAUUUUACUUCAUAAUUAUCAGCUAGCUGUGAAUCGUAAUAAUCUAGCUAUCCAGCUAGUUAAAACAGCCAAAAAUGACCUAAAACUAAUGUUAUGUAGAUGUCAAUCCUUCGUGGGUAGCUAGCUACCAAUUAUUUGUGGCUAGCCAGCUAACAGUAGUUGCUAGCCAGUUCGCCCUAUUGACUUAAUAUGGGCUUGCAAUUGCGCACACUACAGAGGGUAUUGUAAUCAGGUAAAAAAGCAAAAAUUAACACAGAAUGUAUUUAACGUUUUCAAGAGAAAAUAUUGUUGUCAGGCAACAUAUGAGAUGGGAAUGGGCAACAUUUCAUUCUGAAGUCAGAUCUUAUUUUCUCUCGGUUUAGCUCAAGAAAUGUUGCUUUGUUUUUUUACGUGGUUGGGUCAUAUUUCUGUCCAUACAUUUCGUUGAAACUUGCAUCAAUGCAUGCUUCGAAAUGUGUUGCCCUCCAUAAUCCGUAUAACAUACUUUGAUUUGGACUCACGCUCCGACCCUCCCGUGCUCCAGAUUGCGUGCCUCGGGGCACGGUAGUGUGCAUAUUGAGAAACAUCCAGGGACUAUGCCACCCUCAGUCUUCUACUGUAAUUUGUUUGACUAUCUCUCUUUGUCUCCUUCUUUCAGGCUAAAAACGCACUGGCCCACGGUGUCCAGUCUGCCCGCCAUGACUGUGACCUCUUGAGGGAACAGUUUGAGGAGGAGCAGGAGGCCAAGGCAGAGCUGCAACGCGGCAUGUCAAAGGCCAACAGUGAGGUGGCUCAGUGGAGGACUAAGUAUGAAACUGAUGCCAUCCAGCGCACAGAGGAGCUGGAGGAGGCCAAGUGAGUCACAUGCAACAGCAAAAACUCAAAUAUAGAGUGUGGGUGGUAAGAGGGCUCUGAGAAAAUGUUACGUCAAUAUAUAUUGUAACUUAUGUUUCAAACCGAAACAUCACCCUCUGUUGUCCAACAGGAAGAAGCUGGCCCAACGUCUGCAGGAGGCUGAGGAGACCAUUGAGGCGACCAACUCCAAGUGCGCCUCCCUGGAGAAGACCAAGCAGAGGCUGCAGGGAGAGGUGGAGGACCUCAUGAUUGACGUUGAGAGAGCCAACGCAAUGGCCGCCAACCUCGACAAGAAGCAGAGGAACUUUGACAAGGUGAAAAUGAAGAAACCUCACCCUUGUUAUUUUCUGUCAGAUUCAUUGUAGUAUAUUUCUGAUUCAAAGCUCUUCAUCAAUGACUUCUAAUGAAAAUCCCAUGAAUUUCCCUAGGUUCUGGCAGAGUGGAAGCAGAAGUAUGAGGAGGGUCAAGCUGAGCUGGAAGGAGCUCAGAAGGAGGCUCGCUCUAUGAGCACUGAACUCUUCAAGAUGAAGAACUCCUAUGAGGAGGCUCUGGAUCAUCUGGAGACUCUGAAGAGAGAGAACAAGAACCUGCAACGUGAGCAUUUAAUCGCUAUACCUUUUAACAACCCAAGGAAGUGGAGAGCAAUUCGAUUUGCAAGACCAUAUGAAGUGCUGUUAAUUAACUGUUAUUUUGAUUCAAUGUCAAUUUCAGUGCAUUGGCAUAUCCACUGAAAAUCUCCCAAGUUAAACAGCUCCUGUGUGUUUGUGUGCGCAGAGGAGAUCUCUGACCUGACUGAGCAGAUCGGAGAGACUGGCAAGAGCAUCCAUGAGCUGGAGAAGGCCAAGAAGACCGUGGAGACAGAGAAGUCUGAGAUCCAGACCGCUCUGGAGGAGGCUGAGGUACAAACUACAGCUGUUUGAUGGGAAAAGCAGUGUUACACUAGCCAAUGCCAGCUACAGUCAAAUGCUCCCUGUAUUGGUGUUUAUUGUAGUCAUAUAUAUUUAAUUCCUACAUCCAAAUGUAUUGAACACAAUUCGCCUGACUGCUUCUGUUUGUCCAGGGCACACUGGAGCACGAGGAAUCCAAGAUUCUGCGUGUGCAGCUGGAGCUGAACCAGAUCAAGGGUGAGGUGGACAGGAAGAUUGCUGAGAAGGACGAGGAGAUGGAGCAGAUCAAGAGGAACAGCCAGAGGGUCGUUGACUCCAUGCAGAGCACCCUGGACUCUGAGGUCAGGAGCAGGAAUGAUGCCCUGAGGGUGAAGAAGAAGAUGGAGGGAGACCUGAACGAGAUGGAGAUCCAGCUGAGCCACUCCAACAGGCAGGCCGCUGAGGCCCAGAAACAGCUGAGGAACGUCCAGGGACAGCUCAAGGUAAAAGGACUGGGACAUCAGGAUAAAAAAUCUGAACAUGGAGAAGGAUUUGUUUGUGAAUCUGUAGAAAAUAAUACAACAUAGGCAUUUAGGAGUGGACUAUGUACUGUAUAAAGGUGGAAAUUCUUACCAAUUAACCUAUGUCAUUGUGAACCCCAGGAUGCUCAAUUGCACCUUGAUGACGCCGUCCGCGCUGCAGAGGACAUGAAGGAGCAGGCAGCCAUGGUGGAGCGCAGAAAUGGUCUGAUGGUGGCUGAAAUCGAGGAGCUGAGAGUUGCUCUGGAGCAGACAGAGAGAGGCCGCAAAGUGGCUGAGACUGAGCUGGUAGAUGCCAGCGAGCGUGUUGGACUGCUGCACUCCCAGGUAUGGGUCAAAAGCCAAUGAAACUCAACCAACCAUACCGUUUACACACAACAGUAUUUCAACAGCGCUUGCUUUUAGAUUUUCAUAAUAUCAGCCCUGUGACAUGUAAGUUCUCUUGAGAGUCUAACAAAUCGUCUUGUUUCCUCCUUCAGAACACCAGCCUUCUGAACACCAAGAAGAAGUUGGAGACUGACCUGGUGCAGGUGCAGGGAGAGGUUGACGACAUCGUCCAGGAGGCCAGGAAUGCAGAGGAGAAGGCCAAGAAGGCCAUCACUGACGUGAGUCCUUGAAUUACAUCAACUUGAUUUGUCCCCUAGGGUCAAUGGUAGCUGGGCUGGUUAAGAACAACAAAGUUCUCAGAGGAAUGUUAUGAUUGGUGCCAAUUGGUGCAUUAAUUAAACAAACUACUUUUCCAGGCGGCCAUGAUGGCUGAGGAGCUGAAGAAGGAGCAGGACACCAGCUCUCACCUGGAGAGGAUGAAGAAGAACCUGGAGGUCACAGUCAAGGACCUGCAGCACCGCCUGGAUGAGGCUGAGAAUCUGGCCAUGAAGGGAGGCAAGAAGCAGCUCCAGAAACUGGAGUCCAGGGUGAGUUAACAGCAGGGUGGAUUGAAAUAAAUGUAUUUGAUCAUAUAAAAAUACGCAGGAGCAUUGUGUAAUGACUUUUUCUCUCAAUAACCCACCUAGAUCAGGGGUUCCCAAACUUAUUUGCAUGUCAGAACACAACUCCUACUUUAGUGUGCGAUAAAAAUAGCAUCUACUCAGUUUUACUAUGACUUCAGCAAUACAUGGUCAGACUAAUCAAGUCUCGUGCCCUGGGGAAAUAACAUUUUAAAGUCUUGGCAUCAGAAAGAAAAUGUUGCAGUUUUAAAGCUAAUUUCUUGCAAUUCUACACAUGUUGCCAUAGGGCGGAGAGAACAUUAUGCAGUUUUAAAGCUUAAAUGAGAGUCUAAACCCUGUGUAAGCCAGAGGAGGGGAGGGGGGUACUACUAAGCAAUAUGGAGUUGUUUUAAGAAGGUCAUACCAAGGAUAAUUUUGCUAUUUGAUUUUGAAUUUGAAGACCCAUUGAAGUAUAAAAAUAUAUAUAUAAAACAUUUAUUUGAUGAAAAAUGUUAUCUGGCCUUACUGCUAUUAGCCCAUACAAACGCAUUGAAUAACAGAUUCACUACAUGGAACAACAGAUAGUCCCCCCCCAAAAAUCUAAAUGAAGUUUGUUCUGAAGUGUGUAUCCUAUAUCUGAAAGAGAUAUAAGAAAGAUCAGGAACAUUUUAUUUAACCCCUUUGUCACUUAAGUCUCCAUUUAUACUGUACUUCCAUAAAUUUUUUCUACUGAUACCGGGGGACCUUCAGACGAGUCUUGUGAGGCUUGUGGGCGUCCUGGAGAGUCUCACCUUUACACAGAGGGGUCAUAGUGUGUAGCCCAAACUUUUCGGACACUACAGACGAUGUUGUAAGAAAACCCAUUUUCGGGAUGUCUCAUGGUCUGUCUGACAAGCACCGCUCUCGCUCUGUCGCCUUUCACCGCAAAUGCAGAAGUGUUACAUAGGCUGAUGCGGUGGAUUGAGACGCAUCCAAUGCAAAAAAACAUGUCUCUAGCGUAAAACUGACAGACGUUUAUGGGGAUUUUUAAAAUAUCCUAAAUUAGAUUUUUCCGGGGGCAUGGAUAUCGACCUUAGGGGGUUAAAUUAUGGUGCAUUUAUGCUCAAAAUAAAACAUUUGGGGAAUAUGUUACACUUAUAUAGUUGGAGUUGAGAAGAAUUGGAGCCAAGACCUUCGAUGUAAAAAAUUAUUUAUCUAGUUGCAUUUGUUCAGGCUUGUACAGUUGUCUUGGAUUACUUCUUCUAAACUGCCAUUUCAUGAAUAGAUAUUAUUAUUAUUAUUAUUAUUAACUACAUUUGCAUCAUUUCUCUCUCUAGAUCGCUAGCUACAUGUCUAAUUCACUCUGCUGCAAAAGUGCCGCUGCUAGGGAAGCUAGCAUUGCUAUCCGAGGCUACCAGCUAGCAGUCUAACGGAUGAAUUUGCAUGUAGGCUAGCGGACUUUCAAAAGUUCAUAAAAACGUGAAAACACAACAUAACAUCUUAACAAACAUAUGUACAUACUCUGGAAACAUUACCGUCUCAAAUAUGGUGCUAUUCCACUCAAUAACCUUAAAAAUAAAGACAUUAAAAUGUAUUUAUAUCGGUGCUUCUGUCUUGCUGUUGACAUGGCAAACUUCUUUCAGCAAUCUCACACAGUGAGUUGCGAAAGUAUUCACCCCCCUUGGCAUUUUUCCUAUUUUGUUGAAUUACAACCUGGAAUUAAAAUGGAUUUUGGGGGGGGGUUGUAUCAUUUGAUUUACACAACAUGCCUACCACUUUGAAGAUGCAAAAUCUUUUUAGGGGUGAAACAAACAAGAAAUAAGACAAGAAAAACAGAAAACUUGAGCAUGCAUAUCUAUUCACCCCCCCCAAAGUCAAUACUUUGUAAAGCCACCUUUUGCAGCAAUUACAGCUGCAAGUCUCUUGGGGUAUGUCUCUAUAAGCUUGGCACAUCCAGCCACUGGGAUUUUUGCCCAUUCUUCAAGGCAAAACUGCUCCAGCUCCUUCAAGUUGGAUGGGUUCUGCUGGUGUACAGCAAUCUUUAAGUCAUACCACAGAUUCUCAAUUAGAUUGAGGUCUGGGCUUUGACUAGGCCAUUCCUAGACAUUUAAAUGUUUCCCCUUAAACCACUUGAGUGUUGCUUUAGCAGUAUGCUUAGGGUCAUUGUCCUGCUGGGGAGAAAAAAUGUAUGCACUAACUGUAAGUCGCUCUGGAUAAGAGCGUCUGCUAAAUGACUAAAAUGUCAAUGUAAAAAUGUAAAUGUAUUAUACCCUUCUUUCCACAGAUCCCUGGUAGUUUAAUCUGUUGUUGCUAGCAAUAUUCAUAUUUUUUUAUUCCACUUUGGGAACCACUGAUAAUGAAAAUGUGUUAUUAUUAUUACAGACCCCUUCAAUUAAAAGUUUAAAAGUACAUAGAAACAGAUAACAAUUGUUCCUCCUUGACUGGGUAGAAGACUGUACCUCUGUUUUAUAAAGAUGAGUAACUUCUGAUUUCACCACAAACAAAUGCCUACGUUUAUUUUUUCCACAAAGGUGCGUGAGCUCGAGACUGAGGUGGAGGCCGAGCAGAGAAGAGGUGUAGACGCAGUCAAGGGAGUCCGCAAGUAUGAGCGCAGAGUCAAGGAGCUCACUUACCAGGUAAGAGAAAGUGCCUUCUUCACACACUUGACACUAACACAGACAGGUUUGUGUAUAAAACUAUAUUGAUAUUGAUUCUUUGCUCUUCUCCCACAGACUGAGGAGGAUAAGAAGAACGUUAGCAGACUUCAGGACCUGGUAGAUAAGCUGCAGUUGAAAGUGAAGGCCUACAAGAGGCAGGCUGAGGAAGCGGUGAGUCAGACUUAGUCAAAUACUCUGAAAGCAUACGUUUGAAAACAUGGUUUCCCUUGUGUACAUUACAAAACUUAAUGUCCAUAUAGUUUAGUUGAAGUAAGUGUUGCUACAUCACAUCAGUCAACAAUGACUCAGUUGAUAUUACAAGUCAUUACUGAAGAAAUUAUACACAUUUCUGAGUGCCUCCUAUGCCUAUGUGUUACUAACUUAAAGGAGAGGGGGUUGAAUCAUAAUUUGCUGGUCUAGUUUGAUCCCCUGUUCCGCCACUCACUUUCUCUGCUGUAUUAUCCAUCUCCCUAUAUACAUUGCUAUCAUAAAUCUGCCAAUAUUUGUUUAGUUGAAAAUACAUUUAACAAUGUAUAUUUUCAUUUGCUACCUGAAGCUUCAAAAAGUGUAAAUACUGAUGUUCUGCUCUCCCUAUCUUUUCCUCACCCAGGAGGAAGCAGCAAACCAGCACAUGUCUAAGUUCAGGAAGGUUCAGCAUGAGCUGGAGGAGGCUGAGGAGCGUGCUGACAUCGCUGAGACUCAGGUCAACAAGCUCAGAGCCAAGACCCGUGACACUGGAAAGGUACAGAACUGCUGCUGA